AUGACCAAGGUGUUGUUGACAGGCGGUUCUGGCUUCAUUGCUGCUCAUAUCCUGGACCAGCUGCUCCAGAAGGGGCACAAGGUCAUCACCACCGUCAGAAGCGAGGAGAAGGCCGAGAAGAUUCGAAAGGCGCACCCUGGAGAUGACCUCGAGGUGGUCAUUGUUCCGGAUAUCGCGAAGCCUGAUGCUUUCGACGAAGUUGUGAAGUCGCCUGGCAUUGAAGUUGUCCUUCACACUGCCUCCCCCUUUCACUUUAACUUCGACGACCCUCAAACCGGGCUUAUUGAUCCUGCUUUGAUUGGCACGACAUCGAUCCUCAAGGCCAUCGCGCGUUCAGCCCCAUCCGUCAAGAGGGUCGUCAUUACAUCGUCUUUUGCCGCCAUCAUCCACGAGGACCAUCUUGAGGACCCCAAUACGGUGUUCUCUGAAUCAUCCUGGAACCCGGUGACCAUCAAGGACAUCCACAACAGCAAGGCGACUGCCUACCGUGCGUCCAAAAAGCUUGCCGAGGAGGCAGCUUGGACAUUUGUCCAGGAUCCGGCCAACAACGUCAAGUUCGAGCUGGCUACUAUCAAUCCUCCAUUGGUCAUCGGGCCUGUUGCGCACUAUCUCAAUAGCUUGGACAGUAUCAACACUAGCAACGCCCGGGUUGCGGACUGUGUCACAGGAAAGUGGAAGGAGAGCGGCCCUGCUCCUACAGGCGCUGCGCUCAACUGGAUCGAUGUCCGCGAUUGCGCUCUAGCGCACAUCAAAGCAGGCAUUGAGCUGCCCGAGGCUGGUGGCAAGCGUCUGUUCACAACAGCCGGAUCUUUCUGCAAUAGAGGCAUCUAUGAGGUCAUCAGGAGAAACUUCCCUGAGUACGCCGAUAAGCUGCCUUCGCCUGACAAGAAGGGUGGGGAGAUGCCGCCUGACGACAAGAGAUACAGCUACGAUGCCUCGGAAACGGAUAAGAUCCUUGGCAUCGACUGGAUUCCCUUUGAGAAGUGUAUCAUUGAUACUGUCAAGAGUCUCAAGGAGGUUGGUGCCUAA